UCAACGCCAGAGUACAUGGGAGAAGCAAAGACAUCAUGUAGUUGGUUGUGUCGUCUUUAAGGUUUCUUAAUUUGCCAAGAUGGAGUCAAAAGAAGAAAGGAAUAACUGCUACAUGCAGAAAAUACUUACAGAUGCUGUUAAAAAGAAACUUGUUGAUAUAUUUAUCGUAGAGUGGAACACUCAUUACGAAGGAUCCCUUGGAGUAUGGGAAAAUACAAACGUUAGUGGUCAGAAGUUGUUCAAUAUUGAAAAAACAAAAAAGCCACCUCAUGACAAACAUAUUCUGCCAAAUUUUCAAGAUGGUGACACCAGUAAGUGGGAUUGUACAACACUGUUUGCAGCAAUAUUGUUUUCCAACUCAAUAGGAACAAAAGUUAACACAAAAGUUAGUUCUGCAGUUGAUGCACUUCGUAUUGUUAGAAACAAAUUUAUUCAUAAUAAUUUUGGAAGAGUAUCUGAUACCGAAUUUGACAAAAUGGUUUGUGAUAUUGAAAAUUCGUUUCAAGCUCUAGGAUUUUCAUUCAAUGAAAUUAAUGAAAUAAAAAAUGAAAGAAACACAUUUAAUUCUUUUCAAGUACUUCCUUGCAAACCAAAUCACCAUGUAGUUCAACGUACAGAAUUACUUAAUCAAAUCACAGCAGAUCUCAAUAACUUGCGCAGUACUAACAAUAAUGAACUGACAUAUUACUAUAUUUCUGGUAAUCCUGGCAGUGGUAAAUCUCAAUUAGCCAGACAAAUUUGCGACAAAAUGUUUAACUCUGUUGACUGGGAAAAUAAAACUACAUUUGUGAUGACACUCGAAGGAAAAGAUGCUGACUCUCUCUUAAAAACUUACAAUGAACUUUGUCAACGUUUGAACAUCCAUGAACAUUUUCUUGAAAAUAUUUUAAAAAAGGGAGAAAGCAGCGAAGACAGAAUCAAACAAUUUCAUGUCUUGCUGACACAAAAACUGAAAUCUUGGAAAAUAUGGUGGAUUCUUGUAGAUAACGUGGUUCAACUUGAUAAAAUUUAUCAAUUAUUACCUCAAGUUGGUGAUCAUAAUUGGAAAAAUGGACAAAUUGUAGUAACUGUUCAAAAUACAGAUGCUAUACCACUAGAUGGAAAUCUAAACAAACACAUUUCAAUUAGUCAUGGUAUGAAUGAUAAAGAAUGUCGUCAACUUCUAUCUGUUUAUACCGAUGUUCAUAAUCAUGAUGAAGAGUUUUUGAAGAAUUUGUCAGAAAAAUUAGAUCGUCAACCAUUGGUCCUGGCAAGUGCUGCUUACUACGUAGGUAGUGUAAAAAGUGCAAAUCUGGAAUUCACGUGGGAACAAUAUUUCGAUAAGUUGAAUGAAGGAGAGCGACAGAGCAUGGAUGCCACAUUUCAAAAGAUCAAUACAGCAUAUUCUGGAGGUAAUUCAACUUUAUUAAAAACCGUUGAGUUGGCAGUACAAAAAAGUACUCAAGAAUCCAUAUUAAUGGCAAAAAUUUUUGGUCUUUUCUCGAUAAUAUCUUUCGAUCCGUUACCACAAGAUAUUAUCAUACAAUAUAUUAAAAGCAUUGACCCACAUAUAUCUGCAGAAGAGAUAUGUCUUCAAUUAAAGCAUUGUUCGUUAAUUCUUCAAUCGGAAAACAACGACAUCCGCCUGCAUCGGGUUGUACAUGAAGCUAUCAUAAAUUACCAAUCUUGGCAGACCUCUUGCAGUAAACAAAAAGCAAAAAAUUCGACUAAGAUGUCUCUACUUGCGUGUCAAGUCGCUAGGGCACUCUAUCAUUUUAAAGACAGAGAAGAUCAAAUCAAAAUAACUCCGCAUCUUAUUAAAUUCUUAAACAAUUCGUCAUUUAAGCACUUUCAAAAUAAGUUGAUAAACGAGAAAUCGUUAUUUUUUUUCUAUAGAAAACAAAAACUUGAUGAAAAAAAUUUGAAAAUUGCCAAUUACUUUGUAAAUGUAUUAGAAAAAUUUUGCAACUAUGAACACGCCAUGAAUGUACUUAAAAAUAUAAUAACAAUUCAAACUAGAGCGUUAGGUGUCAAUCAUGUUGAUGUUUCCUAUUCAUACAACGAGCUUGGUGGGUUGUUUUUGAUGAAUGGAGAAUACGAAAAAGCAAAAGAUUUUCAUGAACGAGCGAUGAAAAUUCAAACAAAAGCGUUUGGACCUGACCAUGCUCAUAUUGCAGAAACGUACAACAAUCUGGGUUUGGAUCAUGUUGAUAUUGCGACAACGUACAACAAUCUGGGUUUGGUUUACAGGAAAAUAGGAGAGUACGAAAAAGCAAAAGAUUUUUAUGAACGAGCGAUGAAAAUUAAAACGAAAGCAUUUGGACCUGACCAUGUUAAUAUUGCGACAACGUAUAACAAUCUGGGUUUGGUUCACAAAGAAAUGGGAGAGUACGAAAAAGCAAAAGAUUUUUAUGAACGAGCAAUGGAAAUUCAAACGCGAGCAUUUGGACCUGACCAUGUUAAUAUUGCGACAACUUACAACAAUCUGGGUUUGGUUCAAAAAGAAAUGGGAGAAGUACGAAAAGCAAAAGAUUUUUAUGAACGAGCGACAGAAAUUCAAACGCGAGCAUUGGGACCUGAUCAUUUUGAUAUUGCGACAACGUACAACAAUCUGGGUUUGGUUUACAAUGACAUGGGCGAGUACGAAAAAGCAAAAGAUUUUCAUGAACGAGCGAUGAAAAUUCAAACAAAAGCGAUUGGACCUGGUAAUGUUAAUAUUGCAUCAACGUACAAUCAUCUGGGUUUGGUUUACAGUAAAAUAGGAGAGUACGAAAAAGCAAAAGAUUUUUAUGAACGAGCGAUGAAAAUUAAAACGAAAGCAUUUGGACCUGACCAUGUUAAUAUUGCGACAACUUACAACAAUCUGGGUUUGGUUUACCAAGAAAUGGGAGAGUACAAAAAUGCAAAAAGUUUUUACGAAAGAGCAAUGGAAAUUGAAAGAGAAGCAUUUGGACCUGACCAUGUUAAUAUUGCAACAACGUACUGCAAUCUGGGUUUAGUUUACAAUGACAUGGGCGAGUACGAAAAAGCAAAAGAUUUUUACGAACGAGCGAUGGAAAUUCAAACGAAAGCAUUUGGACCUGACCACGUUAAUAUUGCAACAACGUACCGCCAUCUGGGUUCGGUUUACAGAGUUAUGGGAAAGUACAAAAAAGCAAAAGAUUUUUAUGAACGAGCGAUGGAAAUUGACACGAAAACAUUCAGACCUGACCAUGUUAAUAUUGCAAUAACUUACAACAAUCUGGGUUUGGUUCACAAAGAUAUGGGAGAGCACGAAAAAGCAAAAGAUUCUUACGAACGAGCAAUAGAAAUUUACACAAAAGCAUUUGGACCUGACCAUGUUAAUUUUGCAGCAACUUACCACAAUCUGGGUUUCGUUCACAAAGAUAUAGGAGAGUACGAAAAAGCAAAAGAUUUUUACGAACGAGCAAUAGAUAUUUACAGAAAAGCAUUUGGACCUGACCAUGAUUAUAUUGCGACAGUUUACAACGAUCUGGGUUUAGUUCACCAAGAUAUGAGAGAGUACGAAAAAGCAAAAGAUUUUUUCGAACGAGCAAUAGAAAUUUACACAAAAGCUUUUGGACCUGACCAUGUUCAUAUUGCGACAACGAGCAACAAUCUGCGUUUGGUUCACAUAGAAAUGGGAGAGUAUGAAAAAGCAAAAGUUUUUUGCGAACAAGCGAUGGAAAUUCAAACGAAAGCAUUUGGACCUGACCAUGUUUAUAUUGCGACAACGUACAACAAUCUGGGUUCUGUUUACAGUGAUAUGGCAGAGUACAAAAAACGAAAAGAUUUUUAUGAACGAACGAUGGAAAUUGAAACGGAAGCAUUUGGACCGGACCAUGUUGAUAUUGCGACAACUUACAACAAUCUAGGUUCUGUUUACAGUAAUAUGGGAGAGUACAAAAAAGCAAAGAUUUUUAUGAACGAGCGAUGGAAAUUCAAACGAAAGCAUUUGGACCUGACGAUUUUAAUAGUGCAACAACUUACAAUAAUCUGGGUUUGGUUUACAAACAUACGGGAGAGUACGAAAAAGCAAAAGAUUGUUAUGAACGAGCAAUACUAUAGAAAUUAACACUGAAGCUUUUUAUUGCUAGUUGCUAGAAAAACUUCCGUGUUUGAGAAAAUUUACAACGAGAUAGAAGAAAUGGAUUUGUGGUUCCGUGAAUUAAGGAAAAAAUUUACACUAAAGUCCUAACAACAACAGUUGUAUAUAAAUAAGGUUUAAAUAUAUUCUUGAUAAUAUUCAAUACAAACAUUUGUAUUUUCAAGUUUUCAAUACUCAUUUACUGGAACAGUUUUUUCUGUUAGCUAAGAAACUUGUAUGGAACUUUUACAUUGUAUAUGAGAUUAAUACGUUUGCAAUCUA